AUGGAUGAUGGUUCAAGCAUAGACCAGUACAGGGCAAGCGUUACACCUAGCCCUAAUCAAGUGACGACUGUGAUGAUGUCUCAUCGACCUUCCUCAUCAGUAGAUAAGGCGGGAGUUAGUAAUGAUCCACAAUCAAAUUAUAAAAAAGCUCUUCAUCUGGAUCCUUUUCUUCCCUCAGGAGCCUUCUUUGAGGAAAGGUAUUUAGGAUUGCCACCAGCAAGAGAUGAUGAUAAUAUAGUUACGAGAGCAAGAACCGAUCCUAAAAUUCAUUAUGAUGACUCGAAUGUAUUGGUUAAACAUAAGAAAUAUAUUAAACAACUCCAACAACAACAGGAGGCUAAAAGACAUGAAAAGAUUGAAAGUGAGCUUAAUUCAGAGAGAAAGAAAACUUCAUUCUCUGAAACACAAGCAAAAAUUAGACAGGCAUUGAUGAGCGAACUUGAUAUGCCAAAAGAAAAGGUUGAAGAAUUAAUGGAAGGAAAAACAAAACAACUGGAUCAAAUACUUGUAGAACAAAAGAAGAAGGAAAAGGUUUGUUUCUUUUCAAAUAAUUUAGAAUUAAAUUUUGUUUCAGAAAAAGAAAGUGGAAAAACCUGA